AUGGGAGAAUCUGUCCCUCCUCGUCGCAUUUCCGUUCAUCAAGCUCUCGGCGGUGGCCCUGUUGCUGAUGUGCUGCUGUGGAAGAAAUGGAGUGGAGGAGUUUUACUGCUAACCUCUACAGCAGCCUCGUGGUUCCUAUUUGAGCGAGCUGGUUACAACCUCUUGUCCUUUGUGGCCAAUGUUCUACUGCUUCUUGUGGUCAUCCUCUUCCUAUGGGCCAAAUCUGCUUCCCUUCUUAACAGACCUUUGCCGCCUCUCCCGGAUAUGGAAAUCUCUGAGGCCUCUGUCGUGAAGGCUGCUGAUGCACUGCAUGCUUGGAUUAAUCGUGUUCUGUCUAUUGCACGAGACAUUGCUAUUGGCCGAAAUUGGAAACUCUUUCUUCAGGUUGCUUUUUGCUUGUGGCUAGUAUCUUACAUUGGAAGCUUCUUCAACUUCCUCACUCUUGUCUACAUUGGGGUUGUUCUUAGUCUUUCAGUGCCAGUAGUGUAUGAUAAGUAUCAGGGCCACAUUGAUGAGAAGCUUCUUGUAGCAAAUAGAGUAAUACAAACACAGUACAGGAAAAUUGAUGAUAGCAUCCUAAAGAAAAUUCCAUUGCGAUCAAACAAGGAGAAGAAGGUGCAGUAG